AUGGACUAUUCCAAAUAUACUCAGGGUCAGGGCUCGCAGGGCGGAGCAUCGGACUACAAGAAGUACAUGGAGUCCUACAGCGGGGAUUACAGCAAGUACAUGAAGGGUCAGAGCUCCCAGGGCGGUGCCGCUGACUACAAGCAGUACAUGGACUAUUCCAAGUAUACUCAGGGUCAGGGCUCGCAGCGGCAGGGCGGAAUCGCGAAAGCGGAGACCAAAGCAGGCAGUGAUGGCCCUGCGCUGCUCGUCGCUCCCUCUGACAAUACAGAGGCAGCAAAGGAGAGUCAGCUGCGCGAGGAGGAGAAGAAGCACCUCCGUGAGGAGAUGGCAUCCGAGCAUGAGCGAUUGCACAAGGAGCUGGCCGAGGAGCAGGAGAAAUUGAAAGAGGAGCUGGCGUCCGAGGCUAAGCAGGAGCAAGAGGAGCAAGCGCACGAACAGAAGGAGAAAGCUGCUCCUGCUGAGUUUGCGGCCAGUGCAUGGUCGCAGCCGCUGCUACUCUCCACCGGGUCUCUUGCCCUUGGAGCGCUCGUGGCCGUCGCCGCCUUCGUGGCCCGCCUUCGCCGCCAGAGGCAGGUGCAGUUGAACGGAGCCGGCGACUAUCUCAUGUAUGCUGAGGCGGCCAUCGAGACGUUGAAGAAGUUCGACACACUCCUUCGAAGGGGUGGCCUGCAAAACCGGAGUGCAAACCAAGGGUACUGGGAAAGCCACUUUGCCUACGACGUGGGCCCGGAGGGUCCUUUGUCAAGCCGUCUGCCGGACUCAGAGGGUCGGCCUCUGACAGCGCCGGGGUGCCGCCCCAUCAAGCACCGGCCGCAGCCGAUCAAGGAAGAAGUGGAGAAAACGGAUGAGUCUCCUAGCGGGUCUUCUCCUUCGAAGAGUACAUCGAUACCUCCGGCCACGCCUGCGGACCCAGAGCAGCCGCCUCCGGAGCCCGAGGAAGGCGAGAAGAGGGCUUCCAAGAACGCCCCGCUGCUGCUCUCCCUGGCGCGUUUCAUGACGAAGGUCAAAGCCAAAAAGUCCAAGAGGGAGAAGUUGGAAGAAUUCUUCUACGUCGCAGAGGAGAAGGCGAAGUGGAGUCGGCGACCGUCGAAGCCCCGGCUCCUCACGCAAGAAAUGGAAGAGGAGUGGGCCGAGCUCCAGGACAAGGUGCGUAUGGAGAAAGGCAAGUGGAUUCAGCACUCGCGCCGAAAGGUCGAAGCAAUGUUCCAGGAGGAAGAGUUUGGCGAGAAUUGGGAUCGUCAGCAACGGACCCUUCAGCGUGAGAGGAAUCCGAGACAGCAGGAAAACAUCUUCGACACCCUCUCUUUCGUAAGGUGGAAGGUGAACAAACAGCUUCGGCAAGCCAUGCAGGAUGUGGAGAAGGGCAACAAGGUCAACCUCCCAAGGAAGCAGGACCGGUCGGCUGGGCCCCCGCCGCCAGAUCCUGUGUGGAUCGUGGGCGACAGGGAGGAUUCAGGCUUGGAGAAGGCACGGGAAAGGAUCGCCACGCUUCGUGCCAAGAAGUACCGCGGGAAGCCUUUCAUGCCCAUGGGCCAGGGCCGAGGCUGGCGUGUGGACCAAGAUCUCUUCGACCACGUUGAUGAGCUCUUUCAACAGUAUGGCGAAGCCGCCGCCAUCAACGAGGAGGCCGUAAACCCACGGGCUGCUUCAGAAAUGGUCGGGGCGAAGCAGAAGGCACGUCGAGCCUCUGACUCUGACAGCGAGAGCGGGCACAGUGACAGUGAGAGUUCUUCUGCGCUGCAGAGGCGGGUGGUCUCCGCUCCGGCAACCAUGCGCCGCGUCCAAGCACGGCGCAUCACACGCUCGCGCGCCAAGUCGCGCGAGCUCUCAGUCUUGCCCCCGUGGAUGCGGCAGAUGCUCGUACAGGAUGACAUUUGGCAGCAGCUGCCGGAGAGCAGCCCGUGGGAUCGGACUUGCUGGCUCCAGCCUGUGCGUGUCAAGGGCCGCACAGCUACUGCACCCUGGCGAGACAGCACUUGUACCGUACAUGCAUGA